GAGAAAGAAAGAGAGUAGUCCAUACCUAUCGGUGUCAACAUGGCUGAGCCUAUUAGAGUUCUGGUGACUGGCGCUGCUGGGCAGAUUGCCUAUUCCCUGUUGUUCAGCAUUGCCAAGGGAGAUGUCUUUGGCAAAGAUCAGCCAAUCAUCCUGAUCCUUUUGGACAUUUCACCCAUGCUGCCAGUCCUGGAAGGUGUUGUCAUGGAGCUGCAAGACUGUGCCCUCCCACUUCUGAAUGACAUUAUUCCCACCGACAAGGAGGAGGUGGGCUUCAAGGACCUGGAUGCAGCCAUCUUGGUGGGCUCCAUGCCCAGGAAGGAUGGCAUGGAGAGGAAGGACCUGCUCAAAGCCAACGUGGCCAUCUUUAAGAGCCAGGGAGCUGCCCUGGAGAAGUAUGCCAAGAAGACCGUCAAGGUUCUGGUUGUGGGAAACCCUGCCAACACCAACUGUCUGAUUGCGGCCAAGUCCGCUCCCUCCAUUCCCAAGGAGAACUUCUCCUGCCUCACCCGUCUGGACCACAACAGGGCUCGCUCUCAGGUGGCGAUGCGCUGUGGCGUUCCUGCCACCCAAGUGAAGAACGUGAUCAUCUGGGGCAAUCACUCAUCCACCCAGUACCCAGAUGUGCACCACUGCAUGGUCAACAUGUCUGGCAGCGAGCAGGCCUGCUUUGAAGCAGUGAAGGAUGAUGCCUGGCUCAAAGGAGAGUUCAUCGCUACAGUGCAGCAGAGAGGCGCAGCAGUCAUUAAGGCCAGGAAGCUGUCCAGCGCCAUGUCUGCAGCCAAGGCCAUCUGUGACCACAUGAGAGACAUCUGGACCGGCACCCCUGAUGGUGAAUUUACCUCCAUGGGUGUUUACUCCUCUGGCAACUCCUAUGGAGUCCCAGAAGACCUCAUCUACUCAUUCCCUGUCCAGAUCAAGAACAAGAGCUGGAAGAUUGUUGAUGGCCUGGCCAUCAAUGACUUUUCCAGAUCCAAGAUGGAUGCGACAGCCACAGAGCUGAUAGAGGAGAGAGACACAGCUGUGACUUUCCUGGGAGUAUGACUAAACCAUGCAGGAC